UCUAUCGAACAGAGUGGUCGUACUCUUUUUGAGGUCCUCCUUUUGGUUGAGAUUCCCGUGUGUGGUUUGUGCGAACAGAUCGACCUGGACGAACCUCCGGCGAAAACGGUACAUAUUACGUUAAUUUUUCGAAAGCAAUUUUUGGUGGUGAAAAAAUUUAAAUGAUUGUUAAGUUCUACAAAUAGGCGCUUGGGAGAGUGUGCAUAUGUGGUCUGGCCUCCAGUUCUGUGAGAUCUAUUCGGGAUUGUUUGAUUGAGUAAAAAAGGAAAUAAUUGCAGCUGAUUGCAAAUGUAAAGAAACAAACAGAGUAAAAGCAAGAGUUGAAAGUUUUUUUUUGUUUCCGAAACAGGUAGAUCGAUUGGUUGGAGUUCAAACAUUCUCGAUCUCUAUUGUUUUACUGUUUGUGUGUUUUGAUCGGUCAGAAAACAUCCAGUAUCCGCGUGCAUUUUUCCGGUUGGAGCUAUGUAUGGUACGCGUAGUGAUCGCUUUUCUUGUUAUUGGUUAUUGAGUGGUUGAAUUUUUUGUAUGAUAAUAAACCUAAAGUGAUCGCGAUAAGUGUUGAGUUUCGGAGAAGAUACAGUUUUCUGCGUUAAUUUUGAAAGUUAUCGGGCUAAAUCUGCUCACCAAGUGUUUGACUACGUCCAUCAACAUCGCCUGAAUAAGCAACGGUUGAAGAACAAGAAUUGACCCCUACCCAAAGGAGUCGGUACGAGAUUGAAACGUCGAUAAAUACGUCGCAUCGCAUCUGGAGGAUUCUACGCGAUUACUUAACAUCUUCGAUAAGUAAACAGCGCACGCCAUACAGGACUUUAUAUUUUGCACCCCAUGAAAUAAAUAUUUGAAGAAGUUUUCCGCGGACAUUGAACCAGUUUUGCAAAUCAACAUGAUGAGCCGAAUUGUCAUCGUUUGCCUCCUGGUCCACCUGCUGCAAAAUUCGUUUGCUGCACCGUUGGAGCGCUCGCACCUGUUGUCAUCGAUCCAGGACAUUCAAAGAAAAUAUGCCUCGCUAGAAAACGAAUUUAUGCCAUCCAACGAGAGGAGUGAUACCGAGAUGGAAGCGAUGAACGAUAGUAAGCCGGAAGUUGAUGUGGAUAACGUCGAAAAUGUGGAACCGAUGGCAGAGGGGACGGAAAAUAAACCAGUACAAGAAUCCGUUCGACAGGCAAAGGUGUUACAGUCGAAAUCAUCAGAGGACGUCGGCGCCCAAGGCGCAAAGCGUAAAAACAAGAUGUUUGGAUUUUACGGAUACUACCCGCAGCCAACCUACCCCCAGCCGAUGGCUUACCCGUCCUACUAUCCGUUGGAAUAUUACGACGACUACGUUCCACUGGAAAGUUAUCCGAACGUAAACCCACUGAUGAACUUGCAAAAUAUGGCUGCAUUCCAAAAUAUGGCGGCAUACCAGAAUUUUAACAACAUUCCAAACGGUCCGGUUGCUGGUAUUCCGAAUUUGAACAACUUUGACAAUAAUCAGGCUUCACAGGACUACCAGAAUUUGGCUGGAUUUUCGAUGAACGACAACGGUCAAAACAUGGAUGACGAAGAAAUCCUUUCCCGUACCAAUCAAGGAGCACGUCGCCGACCAAACCAUAAGAAUUCUCCAAUCUAUUACAUCCGUUUGCCACCUACUCCAUACAUGUUCGUCCCUGGAAUCGGAUACAUUUCCCAGCCACCAACCAUUCAGCCAAUGAGUCCAGCCGUUCCACAGUAUCCACAACUAGCCCCACCAGUUACCAUGAGUCCGUUCUACAACCUGCCCAUCAACUUUAUUUCCAAUGGCAAACCAUCCGGCAUUUACCAAUGGAGUGGAGCCCCAACACCUGCCCCAAUUCCGCAGCCUACAUACGCCUUGCCAUACCCUGCGGCAAGACCACCACCACAACGCCCCAUCUUCCGGCCCAACCCGUUCGUGCAGGACUCCAAAAUCACUCAUCUUAAAGGUCCAUUCAUCUUCAACGGCAGACCAGAAGAGAUUUUCUUAUUGCAGAACUCGAUCAAUCCAUUCUUCCAGGCACCAAUCAACCCAAUAAGUCCUAUUGGUGGUUAUUACUAAACAAUCAUCCUUAAUGAUAGAUUGUGAUAUGAAGAAAACAUGACAAUAUUUUAUUUACAAAAGCAGGGCCUUAUGAUUCUUUAUCAUGCAUGCACUCACUAUUCAAAUGGUGAAAAUUUUCAGACAAAUAUCGUUCAAUAUUAUUUUUGUAGCACUCACUCAAGCACUAUAGACAUGAUUUUCAUCCUUCAUCGUAUUGUAAAUAUAAAAAAAAUGCGAACAAAAUCUCGAAUGGAACCAUCCACGCUGGUAUGAUUGAUAAACCUAACACGUGCUCAGCCGAACUUAAAAACUGCUCGAAAAAACGAGCUUCCAUCCGUGUCACCGAAAAGUAUGCUAUUCCAACUUUCAUGCAAGUUUUGAUUCAUCAUAGCCUCGAUAGCCACCUGAAUGGAAUGAAUGAAAUACCAGCUAUGCAUGAAACUGUUCAUAACAGUGCCCUGCUUCAAAGUGCCUCAUAUUAAUUGUAAAUCUAUUAUAUAAAUAUUUUUUCUAUGCUUUUGCUCUUCGUAACUUUUAUUUUUGUUCAACAAAAAUUGCAAUCGCAUUAUUUCAGUUGCUAUUCGCCCAAAACACACUUGUGUUCAAAAUGAGUGUAUUUUGAGAGUCGGUCGACUGCUCGAAACAAACUUGUAUGCAAUUUAAACCUUGAUGUUAAGAUACAUUUCAUGCCUGCAACUUGAAGGAAUGUUUCUCGCUCACUUGAAUCGUUGCGCAACACACUCAAGCUUGGUCGCAGAGAAACGUUUCUUUGACUUGUGGCUCUCGGUAGAUUUAACUUAUGAAUGAAAUUGAUUCAACCUAAAUAACUAGUGCACAUGAAAUCUACAUAACGAUGUUCUUUACUGUAGGUCUAUGCUUUUUUUAUAUUUAAACAGCAAUACACAAUACUUAUUAUAAAUCGAGCUCAAUUUAUAGUACUAGCUAUGUAAGUCAAGCUUAAAGAUACAAAUUAAUCAUUCGAGUAUUUAUUCAAAAUAAUAUUCGAUAGGCAUUACAAAGUAUUAGCGGUUGAGCUGUACGAAAUCGUCAGACAAAACAUUAUGAAUUGUUUAUAGAGUUAUAGUUAGCCUUUCACAGUUACAACGUAAUGUAAUGUUUCGGAAUAGUUCAAAAUUGUUGUGGUUGUCCUACGUGUAAACAUAGUCUUAGUCUUUCGAAACAUUGUGUAUUUGAAUUCAUUCUAAAAUCUUAACUCCGAUAACAAAUGACGAAACACAAAGUGGUAGUAUUAUAAUGUUUAGGAGAUAACGAAUUGUACUGAUUACGUGUAGAAAAUAAAAAAAAUAGUCUUGGA